AUGGCGCAACGUUCAAAUUGUUCCGGAUGUGACAUCGUCUCAGUCCAUUUCAUAUGGAGUGACGUGAAAGUGCCUUUCCUUCAAACUACAGACGGUAAUGGGAAAUCGGUCGUGUCACGUUACUUUUCGUCCCAACAAACUCCACAUAGUUCAUGGUAUAUGGAAUUGAUAGACGUGAGAGACAAAUUAGUCAUCACUGCCAAUCACAUUGAUUCUAAAACGGAAAAAGGUGUCGACCCAGAGUUUUUGAAAGUGUCAAUUAUAAAAGAAAACGGACAUCCAUUACGUCAUGACGACCGUACAUUACCAUUUCAUCCAGCCGGAUGUCAAAUCCCGAAAUCGCAAGUGUCUCUACGUCGGUCAAAUGGCACACUCACAUUUUACUGUACGAUUACCGCUCUUACUAAGACAAUAGUACCCGUUACACGUAAAUAUAAUAAUUACUGGACGAAUGUUGAUCUUCCUGUGCUGGAACAAAAGCCCGUUUCAUCAACAGAUUCGGCUGCUAUUGACUGCAGUGAUGGAUUAUCUAUUCAAUUCGAAAAAUUAUUCAAUGAAAUGAAAUUCAGCGACGUGAGAUUCAACAUUGAAGACCGUCAAUUCAACGCCCACAAAUCCAUUUUGGCUGCCAAAAGUGAAGUGUUUGCUGCCAUGUUUGAGCAUCCAACCAAAGACAAAUUGACCAAUCGGAUUACAAUUGAAGACAUUGAACCGGAUGUGUUCCAUGAACUGCUUCGCUUCAUCUACACGGGCCGAUUGAGUACAACAGCGAUGGAAUCGAUGGCCGUUGGCCUAUUGAUCGCUGCCGACAAAUAUUUUCUGGAAGAGUUGAAAGUGAAAUGUGAAAACUAUUUGGUUCGUGAAAUGUCGCCCGAUAAUUGUAUCGAACUUCUUUUACAUGAACAUCUGCCCGGCUCAUUCGUAUUGAAGAAACAAGCGAAUUAUUUGCUCAGUUUGAACGAAGGGAAAAUGCCUGAAGUGACCGACUAA